UCGACUCCCCUCCUGGGCAAGAAGCCCGAUCGUCCUGCUCGCAGCGUUACUUUCAACCCUACCAUUGCAACGAGCAGCCCACCGACCCGCAGACCUAUAUUCCCUUCAGCAUCCGCACAUUCCACGGGCUCAGUCGCAACCAUAAACACUCCGCCGAGAGAUGGCAGCCAGCCCAUGCUUUCGGCCCUCAACAGCAAACUCCGCAGAAGAAAUAGUCAAGGCGCUCCAUUGUCGAUAGGUCCCGGUAUUCCCGCUGCAAAAAUCGGUCCUCAACGCACAACAAGGACGGCUCAGAAAUUGAAACUCUUACCGAACCCGGAACAUGGUGACGAUGGUCCUGACGAAGAAAGCGGUCGCGACGUCUACUCGCAAUUCACCAGGAUAAAAGAUCCGACCGCCCGCCGCGAUGCUGCAAGGUUGGGCAAGGACGACAGAGAUAAAUUGCCUCGUGUUACGGCAUACUGUACUGCCAGCUCAUACCGCAUGGAAGAUCUGUUACGAUUCCUCAAAGGUCGCAAACUUAAGAAGGCCGCACCCAAACAAUUCGACGAAUGCAUCUACACUCCAUACCAAUACAACGCCAAAUCAGAGCCGCAAAUCGAAGAAGCCCAGGUUGUGCACUCUACCGCUCAACGACGAUUCUCUGACAGUGCUAUCGAGGUCGAGGGUAAUGCCGAGAGGAGACGGGAAGACUUGCUGGACUUACAGGGCGAGAGUGAAGAAUCUGCGAUAAUAGAGAACCACGAAGCAUCGACGUCCAAUGAAGCUCUGAUAAUGCCACAAAACGACACACCCGACUUUGACACGACGGUUCAUAUCCCCGAAGUCUUCUGCUUUGAGUAUGGAGUUGUUGUGAUAUGGGGCAUGUCUGUUCAGCACGAACAGAAAUUCUUGAAGGAACUCGCGAGAUUCGAAACCGAGAAACUCUCAAAGGAUGAUAUCCAACAAGAGAACUUCAACUUCUACUACACCAAGGAGUACCAAGCUCGAAUUUACAACGACUUUAUCAGUCUGAGGGAANAGAAGAAUUACAUGACCAAACUGGCCAUCAGUCAUGCUUUGGCACAAAACAAUACAAUCGACGUCAACAAGGAGAUCCCAGCACAAAUCGCACUUACGGGUAAAGUCAACAUGUCACGAAAAGAAAUCAACAUGCAGAUUGGAGAACUUUUCAUUCUACGAAUCAACAUUCAUCUUCAAGGAUCAGUCCUGGAUGCUCCGGAACUCAUGUGGGCAGAACCGCAACUUGACCCGGUCUACCAGGCUGUGAGAAGCUACUUGGAGAUGGAUCAGAGAGUGAGUCUCUUGACGGAACGACUGGACGUCAUUGCGGAUCUGCUGGCAGUGUUGAAGGAUCAAUUAACGCAUUCACAUGCGGAAAUCAUGGUGGCUGUGAUUAACAUUGUGGUCGACUUGUACGCAGGUGUGGAU